UCCAAAAGUCGAGAAGGGAGAGAGAGGAGAAGAGAGGCCAGCAGCCAUGAGCUACGUCGUCCGACCCUGGGCUCUGAGGGACCUCAAGGAUGUCAUGCGACUGAUUCGAGAAGGGGCAACAUUUCACAAGGCUUUGGAUCAGGUCAAAACUACUCCCGAAGUGCUGAGGGAGGAUGGCUUCGGGAUGGACCCCAAGUUUGGCUGCCUGGUAGCCGAAGUUCCCCCUGACCAGAGGAGCAAAGACGGGCACACCGUCGUCGGGUACCAGUUCCAUUAUUUCAGCUACUGCACCUGGAAAGGGCGGAUUGUUUUUGGGGAGGAUCUGUACGUCAUGCCAGAGUUCAGAGGCAAAGGAAUUGGCACCAGUUUACUCAGCCAAGUGGCCAAGCUCGCGCUGGCACACGGCUGCAGCCAGUUCCGGUUCGUGUUGGCCAACUGGAACCAGCCGGCCAUGGCGCUGUAUGAGAAACUGGGGGCAAUCGACGUGACAGCGAGGGACAACUGGGUCGUCUGGCACAUCGAGGGGCGGGCCAUGCGGGAGCUGGCGGAGCGGGUGACACAAUGAAAUGUUGCUGCCAGGAGGCAGCCGGGGAGAGAACCCAGGAGUCCUGGCUCCCAGCCCCCUCUGCUCUGACCCACCAGCCCCCACUCGCCCCCCAGAGCCGAGGAGAGAACCCAGGAGUCCUGGCUCCCAGCCCCCUCUGCUCUGACCCACCGGCCCCCACUCGCCCCCCAGAGCCAGGGAGAGAACCCAGGAGUCCUGGCUCCCAGUCCCCCCUGCUCUGAUCCACCAGCCCUCACUCCCCUCCCAGAGCCGGGGAGAGAACCCAGGAGUCCUGACUACCAGGCCACCCGCUCUGAUCCACCAGCCCCCGCUCCCCUCCCAGAGCCGGGGAAAGAACCCAGGAGUCCUGGCUCCCAGCCCCCUCUGCUCUAACCACCAGCCCCCACUCCCCUCCCAGAGCCGGGGAGAGAUCCCAGGAGUCCUGGCUCCCAGCCCCCCUGCUCUGACCCACCCGCCCCCACUCCCCUCCCAGAGCCGGAGAGAACCCAGGAGUCCUGGCUCCCAGUCACCCGCUCUGAUCCACCAGCCCCCACUCCCCUCCCAGAGCCGGGGAGAGAACCCAGGAGUCCUGGCUCCCAGCCACCCCUGCUCUAACCGCCAGCCCUCACUCCCCUCCCAGAGACAGCGACCCCUGGGGGCGCCACAGGGCGUAACCUGCCACGCGGCUCGGGACCCUUGCCAAUAAAGAACGGUGUCAACUC